GUCUCCGUGUAACAGUAGUAGUUCAAUUUACCCUAAGAGUAAUAAUGUCUUUGUAGUAGCGUAUCCGGUGUGUUUCGAGCCAUGGGCCCCGGCGGGGAACUCCAUCCAGCGAAUGAGUGAGCGUGUCCGUGCGCAUGCCGACACAACACGUUAUCUCGUGCCAGCUGCCUCGAUAUCGAAAUCCCUUUUGAUUUCGUCUCCUCGGGCCACAGCAUCUCAGCGGCGUUGACGCGGACAAACACGCUGAUACCCGGCACCGCAAGCGACGAUGGGCAACACUCUUUCUCUCUUCCGUCUCGCUCUCAAGGAGUUCAUCGACAACCUCCGCGUGUACCAGGCGCUGCAAGCCAAAGCGCUCGCGUCGCCUGGAUUCCCGCGUCCGAACUCGACACUGCCCUACUGGACCGUUCCGCCGUCCCCUAUUGCGCACCAUAUCUCCGAGUUGCCUGACUAUGCGGACGUCGUUAUCAUUGGCUCUGGGAUUACGGGGACGUCGGUAGCCCGUGCGCUACUCGACCGGUGUCAGAAGGAGGGGAGGAGGGUAAAGGUGGUUAUGCUCGAGGCAAGGGAGGCAUGUUCCGGAGCUACUGGCCGAAAUGGAGGACACAUGACACCGCCGCUAUACCAUGACUACCUCUCGCUCAAGCAAGAGUUCGGCGAAGCCAUGGCGCACAAGAUCAUCCGCUUCCGGCUGGCGCACAUCGACGAGAUGCGGCGCAUAGCGGAGAAGGAGGGUAUCUUGGCAGAGUCGCAGGCGCGGCAUGUCGAGACAGCCGACGUGUACUUCAAGCAGGAGAUGUUCGAUAAGGCGAAGGCAAAAAUGGAGCAGUGGGCGAAGGAGAUGUCGUUAGAAGCAGCGACACAUCGAGUGUAUGAGGGUCGGGAGGCUAUUGAGACGUUCAAUCUGGCGUCUGAUACUGUCGGCUGUAUUGCAUGUACUGCUGGGGCGAUGCAUCCAUACCGGCUGGUGACGGGAGUUCUUGAACGUUUAUUGGAAAGACAUUCUGAGAGUUUCUCCUUGUGCACUCAAACUCCAUGUACAUCCAUCUCGGCGCCCUCCUCCUCAUCCCCCCACUACGUCCUCUCGACACCCCGCGGAACCAUCUCCACCUCUCACAUCAUCCACGCGACAAAUGGCUGGGCAUCGACCCUCCUCGAGCCCAUGCGCGGCAAGAUCAUCCCUUUUCGCGGAACCAUGUCUGCCCAGCGACCCGGUCGCACCCUCACUCCAAAGGCACUCUCGGGCCAGCGCUCCUUUGUGUUCUACUCUGCUAAGCUCGGGUACGACUAUCUCACGCAGUUACCUGGACCACCGACGGGCUCUUACGAGCUCAUGCUCGGGGGUGGAUUCGCUCAGGAUGGCGAGCAGGGGCUUGAGGCGCUCGCGAACGCGGACGAUACGGUGUACGACCGGACGGUCGGAGCGCAUCUGAGCGGUGUGCUUCCGCGGUACUUCGGGGAAGACAACUGGGGCGCGGAGAGUGGUCCGGGGGAGAAUGGUGAAUCGCUCUGGAGUGGUGUGCUCGGUAUAUCUGCGGACAUGCGUCCGUGGGUGGGGCGCGUGCCGACCUCGGUCUCUGGGCGCCCUGAGCCGUCACGGGCAACAUCCGACGUGACCGAGGAAGAGAAGGGCGAUGUUUUACGUCCUCUUGCUGCGCCAGGCGAGUGGAUCGCAGCGGGGUACUCGGGCGAGGGUAUGGUGCACGCAUGGAUGUGCGGGAAGGCGCUUGCGGCGAUGGUGCUCAACCGUGAGGUCGAUGAUGGCCUGGCAGGGUGGUUCCCAGACGCCAUGCGCAUAAACGAGAAGAGAUGGAAGAAGGCGUCGCCGGAGGGACUGCUGGAGAUGCUGAGCAACGACGAGUGAGCUACCUCUUGCUCACUUCAGGUGCUCAAUUGGCACGGUGCUUUAGAUUUGGUUGACUACCUUCUACUUACAGAUGUUGUAUCUCUAGAUUUACGACGCAUUUGUUGUACCAUAUCCACUGCUUGUAUCUGUCUCAGCCCCGACGUAGACGCGCUUAGUUAUAAAAACUAUUGUCGG